AUGACUAGUGGCAAGGAAGUGAUCGAAGUCGACUCCGGCGACGAUUACGGCUCCAAUUUUGUGGCGACUGACUCGGAAGUAACAUCACUUCGGAGCAGCAUCGCCGACUACAUCUAUGAGAACGGUCGACGAUACCACGCCUACCAUGCGGGAUCCUAUUGGGGAUCCAACGACGACAAGUCCAUUGACGCAAUGGAGAUCUGCCAUCAUCUAUAUAGGUUGCUAUUACAUGGCCAGUUAUACCUCACUCCGAUCAUGAAUCCCAAGCGGGUUUUGGAUAUCGGAACAGGAACUGGGUCCUGGGCCAUCGAAUUUGCCGACGUUCACACCGAAGCAACUGUCAUUGGGACGGACCUUUCCCCGAUCCAGCCAAAUUUUGUCCCUCCCAACGUAUAUUUUGAGGUUGAUGAUUGUUGCGAUGAGUGGCUGUACAAAACCCCAUUUGACUUUAUACAUGUGCGCGGGUUAUAUGGGUGUGUGGCGGAUUGGGGGAAAUUUUAUCAGCAAGCCCUGAAGCACCUUGGCUCCGGAGGAUAUCUGGAACAUAUCGAAAUGAGCGUUACCCCGAUCUCGGAUGAUGGAAGCACCGAAGGCACGGUAUACGAAACAUGGGGCGAAAAGAGCCUCGAAGCGGGUGAUAAAUUUGGCAAAACAUUGCGAAUCGUGCAUGAGUCCAAGCAGCGAAUGAUUGAUGCUGGCUUCGUUAACGUUUUUGAACAACGUUUUAAGCUGCCCAUUGGCCCCUGGCCCAAAGACCCGCAUCUUAAGAACCUGGGUCGGUACUUUCGACUCGUUAUCAGUGAGAGCCUGGAGAUGUGGGCAAUGAUGCUCUGGAAAAGGUCCUUGGAUGGUCAAGAGAAGAGGUUGAAGUGA